AUGUUGACUAAUUGUCAGAUAAACAAUUAUCUCUUCACUUCUCAAAUCGGAUCUGGUGCUUACGGUGUAGUGUUUCGUGCUACUGAUGUCACAACUGAAAAGGACUAUGCCAUCAAGGCAGUAAUUAAACCUUCUUCUUUCAACCCUGUCAACUCGAUUUCAGCUACUGGUAAUAUGAAGAAGAGUAACGUACUACUAACACAACUGUAUCAUUAUUUCAAAACUUUCCAAAAUAAACUGUUUUUACCAACCACUGAAUUAAGCUCAAUAGAAGGUUUAACUCAGGAUCAACUACAAGCUACAGUCCCACAUUAUAGAGAAAUAGCAUUACAUUUGAAAGUACAACAACAUGAAAAUAUAGUUACUAUACAUCAAGUACUAGAGUCUCCUUUGGCAACUUUUAUUGUAAUGGAUUAUUUCCCAAACGAUUUGUUCACUUCCAUUGUUGAAAACCAUCACUUCGAAAACGAUGGUUUAUUAAUCAAGAAAGUUUAUUUACAAUUAUGUUCAGCACUACAAUAUUGUCACCAACUGGGUGUGUAUCAUUGUGAUAUUAAACCUGAAAAUAUUUUACUAGAUGAAAAUGAUAAUGUUAAACUAUGUGAUUUUGGUUUAGCUACUACUUCAGAUUAUUUGGCACCAAACGUAUGCGUGGGAUCUUCUUAUUAUAUGGCACCAGAAAGAGUAUUGUGCACAAAUCCAUUGGAUUUGUAUCCAACUGCAACUGGUGAUAUCUGGUCAAUUGGUAUCAUUUUGAUCAAUUUAACAUGCAUAAGAAAUCCUUGGUCAAAAGCCCAUAGAAAUGAUGAUAAAACUUUCCAUUACUAUACACAGGAUCAAGCUGUUUUGAAAAAGAUUUUACCGUUAUCGGAUGAUUUAUAUACCUUAUUGUCAAAAAUAUUACAAAUAAAUCCCUAUGAUAGAAUAGAUUUAACUACACUGAUGUAUGAAGUCAGUCAAGUGACAUCUCUAACUAAAGAUGGUCCACUGAAUGAAGUGCCUGCAUUGACCGUCGAACAGUAUAGAUCGUUUAUUUUUGGUGAGUCUAGCACAAUACAAUUAAGUGAAACUUCCCAAAAUAAUUUGACAGAUAAUGAAACAACUUCUCCCAAUAGCACUAACGAUAAUAACACAAUUCUUGAUACAAAUUCAAGCUUUAAAAAAUUACAGACAGACAAUGGUAUACUCAAAAUCAAUGAUCUGUACUAUAAUGGUCAUAAAUCACCUGGUAAGGAAAAAGAUACUGAUGCAUUCCUUCGAAAUAAAUCUACUGGGUUAAACAUUUCAGCACAUGCAUCUCCAUAUAAUUCAGAGGAUGAAAAUGAUAACGAGGAAGAUGACGAUAAGAAUAAGAAGAGAGGAGAUGAACAAGGUGAUCUAACAAAUAAUUGCAUAAUGGAUACUCAAGCACAAUACCAUCCAUUCCAGAACAGUUUACAAUAUUUACAAAUGAGCAUGCCUACUGUCACAAAUCAAUCAGACAAUUACUGGUGA